CCAACACAACGGCCUCGUAUCCAUUUGCCAUCGCCAUUGCCAUCGCCAUCGCCAUCGCCAUUGCUGCUAUCAGCAGCGCCGCCAUCCCCGGCACCUGCACCAGCAGCGGCCCGCGAGCAUCGCUGCACGGCCGUCGAGGCCACGUCGCGGCCCAGCCAACCGAAAGCCAAAGCGAAAGCCAAAGCCAAGACUUCCACUUGGAAGGUCGCCACGUGAUCGCGCUGCUUUUCUUCUGUUCGGCCUCGCUGCCCAGGACUCGCCCUCUCUGUCUCAUGAACACCAUGGGCGCCAUCACCCGGCUCUCGCCGUGGCUGCGUCUGGGUGUCUCGGCUGCCGAGCUGCGGGCCGACACAACACUCAACUGCGGCCAGUCGUUUCGCUGGGUCGCCUCGGGCGAGCACGAGUGGUCGGCUGCCCUCUGGGGCUGCCUGGUGUCGAUCAAGCAGACAGAUUCGGACAUUUACUUCAGAACCAGCGGUGACCCGGAGGAAACGAGGGACUGUCUCAACGACUAUUUCCAACUCAAAGUCAAGCUCGCCGACCUAUACGACGCUUGGCGAACGGAUGUGAACUUUAAAAAAAAGGCCGGCAACCUCGCAGGCAUUCGGAUUCUGAGACAAGACCCCAUCGAAAACGUCUUCUCCUUCAUAUGCACAUCCAACAACAACAUCGGACGCAUUACCUCAAUGGUGAAUGCUCUGUGCUCCAACUUUGGCCCAAAGAUCGGCACCAUCGAGAAGGAGGACCGGACGAUCGAGCUGCAUGCGUUUCCGUCUGUCAAACGGCUGUCUGAGACGGAUGUCGAGGCCAAGCUGCGGGUACUGGGGUUCGGAUACCGUGCAAAGUACAUCCAUCAAACUGCCGCCAUGAUUGUUCGCAAAUGCGAGAGCGAGGCCCUCGACCCUGAGCAGUAUUUAGUCGGGCUUCGCAAUCUAGCAAGCAAGGAAGAGAAGCGCGAGGAGCUGCUGAAGCUCUCGGGAGUUGGCCCCAAAGUUGCCGACUGCAUUCUGCUGAUGUCGCUGGACUGCCCAGACUCAAUUCCGGUGGAUACGCAUGUCUACCAAAUUGCUGUUCGAGACUAUGGCUUGAAGACCCUCAAGUCCAAGACCCUGACUCCGGCCACAUACGAGCAAAUUUCGAAUACAUUCAAGCUGGUGUUUGGACCGUACGCUGGCUGGGCACACUCGGUUCUGUUCACGGCAGACCUGCGUCAGUUCCGCGACCGUCUUGCUCCUGGGAAACCUGUGUCUGGUGGACCCUCACCCAGAGAAGACACCCAAGCGACAGAAACCAAGCCGGACAGCCUUCCGGGGAGCAUCGCUGGGAGCACUCUCGACGAUGCUGCUGAUACAACCAGGUCCGAGCAGGCGUCACCGGCUCCGAGCCCGCGGUUGCGGAAACGCAAGUCACCACCGGACACUGGCAAUGACAGCGCAUCCACGCCCAGCACCCGCAGCAACAGUCCCGAGCCAUCCGCACAGCCGCGGCGAUCCAAGAGAAGCUCCCGUCGAAUCGACCGAUGAGGAUGGCAGUUUCAAUACAGGUGCUGUGCUCCUGCAGCCCCACGCAUCAGCAGCAGAUAUCCAGGG